UGUCACAUGACAAUAGAGACAGGAGACUGACUAUCUUCUGAGGUGGAAAUAAAAUAUCAAAGGUUUUUCAUCAUGUUAUCCUUUUUUCGCAGCAUUUUAGACUGGUUUAAAAGCCUCUUCUGGAAGGAGGAGAUGGAACUAACCCUCGUGGGUUUGCAAUAUUCUGGAAAGACUACUUUUGUCAACGUUAUUGCGUCUGGCCAAUUCAGUGAAGAUAUGAUUCCUACAGUUGGGUUUAAUAUGAGAAAGGUCUCCAAAGGGAACGUUACGAUAAAGGUUUGGGACAUUGGGGGCCAGCCUCGCUUCAGAAGCAUGUGGGAACGUUAUUGUAGAGGAGUCAAUUGUAUUGUUUAUAUGGUUGAUGCUGCUGACCAUGAGAAGUUAGAAGCAUCAAAGAAUGAACUGCACAAUCUUCUAGAAAAACCACAGCUAUCAGGAAUCCCAAUUUUAGUACUUGGAAAUAAAAAGGAUCUUCCUAAUGCUCUGGAUGAACGGGAAUUAGUAGAAAGACUGAAAUUAACAUCAAUACAAGACAGAGAAAUAUGCUGUUAUUCUAUCUCAUGCAAAGAAAAGGACAACAUAGACAUUACACUGCAAUGGCUCAUCCAACAUUCUAAAUCCCACAGCUAAACUAUCUUCUGAUCAAAAACCACAAUUACUUACUCUAAACUUUGAAGUCAGAAUGGAAGUUGAAAGAACACUGGUUCAAGACUUAGUAUUAAGGAUGAAAAUGUUAAGAUAAAUAGAAUAUGAAGACAAAAGCAGAAAAAAAUACAUGUAUUACAGAGACUCUGAGUGAUGGGUCAAUCUACCUGACAAUCAAAUUACCAACAUGGUCAGUAUCGCUGGGUCAUUCCAUAGCCUGCAUAGCAGUAUAAAGGAAUUAGAAAUUGCCAAAAGGGGCCUGAAAGAGAGCUUGUCUCCUCCCCAACCCUUUUGUACCACUAUGCAGGUUAUUUAUAAAAACAAGGACUACUAAAUUACGACUUUUUCCUGGAAAAUUUUUUGGGUUUCUAUAGAAAGUGCUCAUUGUCACAACUUUCUGGCCAAUGAACCUACUAAGCAAUUUAAACUUUUCGUACUUUAAAAUAUUAUUUUUCUAGCUAAUUCUAAUUCUGCUUGGCAUUUAAUAUAAUUAUACAACAGUGAUAAUCAGACAUUUCAUUGGCUUGUUGUGAAAUUGUUUUUUUUUGUUUUGUUUUUUGUUUUGCCACCAUCAAUUAAAUUACAUAAUCUUAGGCUCAGGUCAAACAUCGAAAUUAGCAUGAGCCAAACCUAUUCACAUCAAAGAAGAGCGCCUUGUUAUCCAUUGUUUCAAUUAGGUUCGGUACAUGUGAAGUUCGACGUUUGACCUUAGCCUARCUAACAACAAAACCGAAUGCAAAUCAUCUAGAUAGUCCUUAUCUAAAUUCACUUGAUACAUUAUUUUUAUCAAGGUCAACCUAAUCUCAGAACCAUUGAGAGCAAUUUAAAUAGCAACAUGAUGACAUUUUGAAUAUUAUUUUCCCCGUUUGCAUUCACUUUUGCCAUUUUGACAUGAUUUCCUUUGCAUAAACUUUUAGUUUAGAAGAUUCCUUCAUUUUAAUUGAUUGCAGCAAAAAGAAACAAUUCCCAACAACCGGUUGAAAUCUCUGGGUUAAAGUUUGCAGUUAUUUAGAUCGCCAUUCAUUUAACCCAAGAAAUAGCCGUUAGUAUGUUGGCAUAAAAGGACAGCAUUGUUGUUGUUUUUUCCUUUAUACCUCCUUCUGCUAUCAGACAUUGACUGCUAACUUUUGUUUGAUGGGUUAAUGGGAUGACUAUUCUUGGUACCACUAUGCAUGAAGUUAGAGUAACUCUAGGCUAUAAAGUGCUGUUACUUGUUAAGGCUAUAUUACACUUGAAAAUUCUUUUGAAGCUUGUUUUGCAGAGUAAGUUUUUACAAAUUGUGAAUGUAGUUCACCUUCCCCUGCACACAAAAAUCUUUUGCAAUCAGUUUUUUUUUCUUUUUUGAAGAAAAGUUGCAGUAGAAAUUAUGUAUAACAMAGCCAACUAUUAUUUUUGGAUUCUAUGUGUUUGCAAAAACAUUACAUAAUCAGAGUCACCCUACCUUCACGUAAAAAUAUGUCCUCGUCCUUGGCAAAAAUUCUGCCAGUGUCUCCUUACUUUUUGCUGUAAGCUCAUUGCAAUAUUCUACUACAAACUCCAAACUCCCCUUGAAAAUUUUUAGAAAAGUAGUUUAAAAAUGAGAGCCCAAAGAAUGCGCUGCUUGUAUGAUAAUCCACUAGGCUAUGGGAUGUUAGGAGUAUAUYGUUAAUAGAAUUCAUGUUAUGUAUAGAUUAGAACAGUGCAUUAGAGUAUACCAUUUUCGCCCUUAUGUACACAUUACAGUACUUUCUGGUGCAUCCAAACUUGAUUAAUAAAUAUCUUAAAUACUGUA